UUUAGUGGGACAGUUUUCAGCAGAGCAUCAAGAAAGGAACAUCCCAUUUAGUGAGGAGAAAGGAAGCAGAGGAAGAGAAAAAAUAUCUCCAGACAGCAGAUAUGCAGUGGAAUCUGGUUCUGUUCAUUCUGAUGGGUCAGAUUUGUUUCAUCAACUGUCAGCUCUAUGAGUAUCUCUACAUUAAUGAGGAAAAGAACUGGACUGAAGCUCAGCAGUACUGCAGAGAGAAACACACUGACCUGGCCACAGUGUCUAACAUGGCAGACAUGAAGAGACUCAACAGUACCAGAGCAGGAUAUGAGAGGGAGGCUUGGAUUGGUCUGUAUGAUCAGACAGAUGGUAUCAGAACAUGGUACUGGUCUCUGCCUGGAGUGGAGUUCAAUGAAAGGGAGACAAACUGGAAACCAGGAGAACCAAAAACUAAUAGAAUCCAGAAAUACCACUUGAUUAGAGAGAAGAAGACCUGGCAGGAAGCUCAAAGUUACUGCAGAGUGAAACACACAGACCUGAUCAGUGGAAUGAAGCAGCUACAGGAUGGAGAACUGGAGGAAGUAAUGAAGUCUGUGGUAGCUGGGACAUACAUAUAUUUUGGUCUGUUCAGAGACAGCUGGAGGUGGUCAGAUGGAAGCAGUUUCUCUUUCAGACACUGGAAUAAAGGCUCAAGCAAUGAGGGACCCAACAGUGGUCGAUGUGCCCUGGCUGGGAUUGAUGAUGAAGGCAGAUGGAAGACUGACAGCUGUGACCAGGAAAGACCCUUCAUCUGUUAUGAUG